UUUAAAUAUUGAAUCUGUCAAUUAAAUAUUGGUGUGUCUGUGUAUCUUAUCUAGUCUAUUUGUACAAGUAAUACUGGUUAGAAGAACCUCUAGGGAGCAUUAACACCGAUAAUAAGCAUGGCACCUCUAGCUCCAGCACCUCAAGUUGAUGAGAUUGCUGAUGGGAUUAAAGCUGUCUUAUUAGGUCCUCCAGGUUCAGGUAAAGGAACUCAGGCACCACUUCUGAAAGAAAAAUAUUGUGUUUGCCACUUAUCAACGGGAGAUAUGCUCAGAGCUGAGAUUCAGUCUGGAUCUGAACUAGGAAGUAAAUUGAAAAAAGUUAUGGAUGAAGGUAAACUUGUUAGUGAUGACCUUGUUGUAAAUAUGAUUGACAAGAAUUUAGAUAAACCAGAGUGCAAGAAUGGCUUCCUUCUGGAUGGUUUCCCACGAACUGUGGUACAGGCUGAGAAGUUGGAUGAUCUUCUUGAGAAGCGUAAUACUCAAUUGGAUGCAGUAAUUGAAUUUGGAAUUGAUGACAAUCUCCUAUUUAAAAGAAUCACAGGUCGUUUAAUCCAUGCUACAAGUGGAAGAUCAUAUCACGAAGAAUUCAACCCACCAAAGAAACCAAUGACUGAUGAUGUUACUGGGGAACCUCUAAUUAGAAGAUCAGAUGAUAAUAUUGAAUCACUCAAGAAACGUCUUCAUACAUAUCAUUCUCUAACAAAACCCCUGGUGGAUUACUACCAAAUCAGAGGUAUCCAUCACUAUGUAGAUGCUUCCCUGUCUGCUGAUAAAGUAUUCAGCAAUAUUGAUUCUAUUUUCCAGAAUCGCAAACGUGCAACUGCCAGACUUUAGAGAACUAAUUGUUAGUACUCACUUGCAUUUCAAAGUUUACUAUGGUUUAUCUAUAUUUUUGUAUAACAGUUGUAUUUUUGUAUUGUUCAGUUUGAUUGAAAUUCCAACAAUUUCUGACUUGUUAUUUUGUUUUGAAUAAAAUUUUAAAUGUACUUAAAGACUUUUAGUCAUGAGUUUAUACAUAAUUAUGUAAUUCAUAGAGUAGCAUUUAAAAAGUUAUCUUUAGAUGUCCAGUGUUAGUUACCCGAGUUCCAAGUAUAAUUGAGACUUUACUGUAUCAUUUACAAUUUUUUAUCAUCCCCAAUUUUUAAAAUCCUGGAGUAUCAUUGCCACCACUCGAAAAUAUCAACCUUUCUUUAACCUGCCCACUUCCUUUGCCUUCUUCCCACCUUGGACCAAAAGUUUUCCCAUAGUAGACACCUCACUUACCAUUUACAAUAAACAUGAAUUCCCUAGCGUCCUUGUAGGGAAAGCAUUCCUAGAAAUUCUGCAUAAAUAAUCCGUCGACCUAAUUCUCUAUAUGGAUCCAAAACUAAAUUCUGUGUCAAUUGCGCAGUCACAAACCACGAACUCUUAAGUUUUUUCCGGUUACCUUCGAUAUGUAGUUUUUACACUGGUGAACUAUACAGUAUCCUUCAAGCUUUCAAAUUUAUCUCUCCUCCCCAUAAAUAUAUCUCCAUAUGUACUGACUCUCCUUCAUCCAUACAGUCAAUCACAACCAUAUUCACCGACCAUCCAAUAGUCCAAAACAUUCAUGACAUCUACCAAACUCUCAUUGCUCUUGAUAUAACAGUCUCUCAUUUGGCUUCCAUUGCACACUGGAAACUAAUCUGCACAUCGCCAUGGCAAAGAAUCCUACUGAAAUCCCAGUUCAGCUUGCUAAUGAUCUGAAGACUAACUUCAAAAAUCUUGGCGUGACACAAGGAGCAAGAGUACUACAGCACUAUACAAUACCCACCUACCCCUAAACUUUUUGAAUAGGAAAGAAGCUGUGACAAUAAGAAGACUACAACACACAAAACUUACACCUUUUUUAUGUCGUCAG